AUGACCUUCCCCCGUAGCGGCGAUGGAUGGAGCAGCUCAACAAUGGCGCACUUCUUGCCGGUGUCGUUGUUGGCGCAGGGCCACACCAUCCCCAUGACUGACAUGGUGCCCCUGCUGCCAGAGCAUGGGGCGCAGGUCAGCUCCAUCACCACGCCGGUGAACGUCUCCAGCUUGGCAGGAUUUGCAGCCGACGUGAAGGCAGUGGGCCUGGCGAUUCAGCUCGUGGAGCUCCGGUUCCCGACCGCUGAGUUCGGCCUAUCGGACGGGUGCGAGAACCUCGACAUGAUCCAUGCCACGGACCUGCUUUCGAAAUUCAUGAAGGCCAUUGACGCACUUCGGGAGCCGCUCAUGGCCCACCUUCGUGAGCAGCAGCGCUUGCGUCAGAGCUGCAUCAUAUCUGACAUGAUAAACUGGUGGACAGGUGACAUCGCAAGGGAGCUCGGCAUCCCGAGGCUCGCCUAUGUUGGCUUUUGUGGCUUCUCAUCCCUCAUCAGGUAA